AUGUCCGACCCAUCUGCCAAGACACCGGCGACAGCAUCGGGUACGGCUACUACGGGUGCUACCGCUGGUCCAGCAACAUCAUCCAAACCGGGAUCGCAAGCAGCAUCGCCAGCAGCAGACGCUCCCUCGCCCGAAUCUCAGACAUCACAGACCAGUAAUCCUCAUAUUCUUCCCGCGUCGCAUUGGGCUCAGCUACCGCCUGUUAACGUGCGCGAGGAUGAUGAUUCUGCCUUUGAAGAUGCCGCCAGCUCGACCGCCUCGUUAACUGCUAGUAUCCUCGAGUAUCGAACUGUUCAUGGUCGCACAUACCAUAGCGAACGCGGUAACGCGUUAUCCUGGGGCCCCAACGAUGCUAUUCACGACGAGUCCAUGGAUAUCUUUGACUUCGCUGAUCAAUAUCCUAACGCCGAAGUGAUCGGUGUCGACGUUUCACCGCAGCAGCCGCAAUGGAUCCCGCCUAACCUGAGAUUCGAGGUAGACGACGUAACACAGCCGUGGACGUACGAGCCUAAUAGCUUCGACUAUAUCCACAUACGUUGGCUAGUAGGUGCUAUUCCAGACUGGUACGCCCUAUUUAGAGAAGCCUACCAGGCCCUAAAACCCGGCGGAUACUUGGAGAGUCAGGAAUCUUCGUGUAUGAUGACGAGCGACGACGGCACAGUUAAAGACGGGUCCCCUCUCGAUCAAUGGAGCAAGGUAUUCUCAGAGGCUGGAAAGAAGACGGGUCGCACGUUCAACGUUAUAGAAGAUGACUUGCAAAGGAAAGCGAUGGAGGCCGCGGGCUUCGAAAUUACUUACGAGACCGACAUCAAGACCGCAUUAAGUGGGUGGCCUCGAGAUGAGAAACUCAAACAGAUUGGCUUGUACACCGGGCUUGCUGUAGGACAGGACAUCGAAGGAUUUUUGACUUACUUGUGGACUAUGGUGAUGGGCUGGACGCCGGCGGAGAUCCAAGUCUAUGCUGCACAUCUACGACGCGAUAUGCGCUCGCCUAAUGUCCACGCCUAUUACCCUACGAGAAUAAUGGUUGGUCGGAAACCUUUGACGGCAGGAACUGCCUCGUGA